AUGUCGAACCACGAAGAUGAUCUCAAUGAGGGAGAUUCAUCUGCAACGUUGAAGCAAAGGUUCAACGACCAAACUAAGAAAGUUGCACAGACAAAGGAGAUCUUUUCUAAACAAGCUGUUCAGACCAAGGAGAUCUUGUCGAAACGAGCGGUUAAAAUAGCUAACCAAGCGGAAGAACACGAAAGAUUUAUCAACAAAUACCCCGAUUUGAGCGGUCACGGGAUCACCUUUGUCAUCGCACCUACGAUAGGUCUCCCUGGUGCUCUUCCAAGUCAAUCUAUUGGUCUCUUGACUCUCUUCAACACCACAAACGUUGGCAAUUCAGACAAUCAUGUUUUCGCAGUCGAUCUUGACACCAUACGGGACUUUGAGUUCAAUUAUAUAAACAACAACCACGUUGCGUCCUAUUUCGAUAAGAACGGUUGGCCCCAAAACCUAAGCCUCGUCAGUGGCGAUUCCAUGCAAGUCUGGGUUGAUUACGAUGGUGUACACAAGCAGCUCAGCCUCACAUUAGCUCCAAUCAAUGUUUCUAAACCGGCUUUUCCCCUCUUGUCUCUGUCUCUCGAUCUUUCUCCUGUCAUGCUGGACUCCAUGUUCGUUGUCUUCUCAUCCUCUAAUGGUCACCUUACCGCAUCCCACUAUGUGUUGGGAUGGAGCUUCAAGCUUAACGGUCUAGCCGAAGAACUUGAUUUCACCCAACUUCCCACGCUUCCCCACCAAGGACGUCGACACAACCAGAACCCAGCUAUUUUGACCGUAGGACUUCCUAUAAUUGCUGCUGCUUUAGUGUUGGCAAUGAUCUUUCGAAUCCAGAUUAUAUUGAAAAGGAAGAGAAAAUUUGCAGAAGUGCUUGAAGAAUGGGAACUCGAUUAUGGGCCUCACAGGUUCAACUAUAAAGAUCUCUAUAUGGCCACUAAGGGGUUUAAGCACAAGGAGCUGCUGGGCAUUGGUGGCUUUGGUAGGUUGUAUAGAGGCGUAUUACCCACCUCCAAUAUCGAAGUUGCAGUUAAGAAAAUCGGGCAACUGCGGCAUCAAAACCUAGUAACAGUACUCUUGGGUAUUGCUAAAAGAAAAUUCCCUUUGGUUUAUGAAUGCAUGCCUAAUGGAAGUCUAGACACGUUUCUCUUCGAUCCAUAA